ACACCUGGUGUGCAUAGUUGGGAGAGUGGUACACCAUCCCACCACAGAAACGUUUUACAUUGUAUUCCUCUGUCUACACGCUCUGGGUAACGGCCGUCGGGAUUGCAUGUUCCACACUGGCAAAGCUGAACCAGAAUUUCCUAAUAUUUUCCUUGAAAUUUUCAUGAUCGCGGCGCGUUAGCAAUAAGAAACCCCGGUAAUGUUGACGGAAGUUCAGUUUCUCCAGAGUUGGCGGCUGCACUGCGAGUGAGAGUAUGCUGACCAGGCUGCGUGUCCGAGGAGAAACUGCAAAACGCGACUUCUGAGGGACAUUACGCGAAAGCUCGAGCGGCAACUUCAUCUCCAUCAUGGGCUUCAGCAACAGGCUGAUUUUGGGAGUGAUAGGGGCGGCUGUCGUCAUCACGUUAAUAACAAUCCCAGCAGUUUAUUAUAGCAGAUCCGGAGCCAGCAAAAGGCCAUUCACUCUUCAGGAUUACUUUAAUGACACCAUCAGAAAGAAAUCCUACAAUUUGUACUGGAUGUCUGAUAAAGAGUAUGUGCAUAAAGAAAGAGAUGGAAAUGUUUACCUUCACAAUGCUGAAACAAAGGACAAGUAUCUGUAUCUGAGCAAUGCAACAUUUAAAAAAGUGGAUGCCACGGAUUACUGGUUGUCAGGUGAUCAUAAAUAUAUUGCCUUCGAAAGCAAUUACACUAAGAACUUUAGACAUUCCUAUUCUGCCUCAUAUUCCAUCUAUGACAUGACGAAAUCAACAUUUGUAACACCAGCGAGCCUUCCACGCAUGGUGCAGUACUUUAGCUUUGCACCAGAAGGAAACCAAUAUGCAUAUGUCUCAAACUUCAAUAUUUUUUUAAACUCCAACGUAACUGCUGAGUCAGUGCAGCUGACACACAAUGGGAAAAAGAAUGAAAUCCUCAAUGGCAUUCCUGACUGGACAUAUGAGGAGGAAGUCUUUGCUUCAAACGGGGCAAUAUGGUGGUCCUCAACAGGAAGAUUUUUGGCUUAUGCACAGUUUAACGACACAGAAGUUCAAAAAGUGGAGUUCCCUUGGUACGGAUCAGAGCAAUAUCCUAAAACUGUGGCUAUUCCUUACCCAAAGGCUGGAUCAAACCUCACCAAAGUGAAGCUGUUUGUUGUUGACACCGCAAAUCCCACCCUCCAUUCACAGCUUGCUCUUCCUGCUUCCAUGGCUGCAAGUGAUCACAUUUUGUGCUCAGUGACCUGGGCAACAGAUGAACGCGUCGCUGUGCAAUGGCUCACAAGGAAACAGAAUCAUGUGGUUGUAGCCAUCUACGACUUUGAUGGGAGCAGCUGGAGAGAGAAAGAGAAAUUUGAGCAAACGAGCAAGACAGGUUGGAUUGGCCAUUAUAUGCCACUGCCUAUUUUCUUUGCUGAGGAUAAACUCAGUUUCUACAAAGUAAUGAGUGACACUCAAGGCUACAAACAUAUUCAUUACAUAAAAAAUGGCAAAGCCACACCAAUUACAUCUGGAAAAUGGGAAGUUAUUUACAUAUCAAAAUUAACCAAGGAUGCCAUAUAUUUUGUAAGUAAUCAACAUGAAAGAAACCCUGUCAAGAGAAAUCUUUACAAGAUUAUGCUUGGAAGCAGUCCCUCAACCCCCAUGUGCCUCACCUGUGGCUUACAUGAAGACAGGUGUCAGUACAACUCAGCUUACUUAAGCGUUGACGCCUCCUUCUACCGAAUGGACUGCUAUGGACCUGGAUUGCCCCUUUACACACUUAUGGACAACAGGGGCUCCGGUGCAGGAACAGAGCUAUCAAUUUUGGAAGACAAUAAGGAUCUGGAAAAUCUUCUGUCUGAAUUUCAAAUGCCAACAAUGAAAUAUGGCACUGUAAAGAUUGCAGGAUUUGAUAUGUGGUAUCAAAUGAUGUUGCCACCAGAUUUCCAGAAGUCCAAAAAAUAUCCUCUCCUUAUUGAUGUGUACGCUGGCCCCUGUAGUCAGAGUGUAAGCUAUCAGAACAAGCUUAACUGGGGAACGUACCUCUCCAGUUCACUCGGAAUCAUCGUAGCCAGUGUUGACGGAAGGGGAAGCGGUUAUCAGGGUGAUGAGAUAAUGCAUGCGAUCUACAGACAGCUCGGGACCUUUGAAGUGGAAGACCAAAUGUCAGCAGUGAGGAAAUUCAUCGACAUGGGUUUUAUUGACAAAGAUAGAAUUGCAAUAUGGGGCUGGUCAUAUGGUGGUUAUGUCGCCUCAAUGGCUUUGGGUGCUGGCACUGGACUCUUCAAGUGUGGGAUUGCUGUGGCCCCAGUAGCCAAGUGGGACUAUUAUGAUGCAGUUUACACUGAGCGCUACAUGGGCAAACCAUCAGAGAAUUCAGACUCUUACAAAAACUCCACAGUCACAUCAAGAGCAAAGAACUUUAAAAAGGUUGACUAUCUCCUUAUUCACGGCACAGCAGACGACAAUGUCCAUUUCCAGCAGGCUGCACAGAUUUCCAAAGCUCUGGUGGAAGAACUUGUGGAUUUUGAGGCAAUGUGGUAUACUGACAAGGAUCACUCUCUCAGUGGACAAGCCUAUCAUCAUACAUACACCCUCAUGAGUCACUUUCUGCAGAAAUGCCUCCUCAAUCCUGAAUAGAUGUGAAAAAGAGUCUUUAGCAUUUAUAAAGGAACGUUUUAAACAAUUGCCUUGUUUUACUUUUAACAACAUGUUGACCAGUCGGGUAAAUUUCAUGUUUCAUUGCUCAAAAAUUUGAGCCUUUUUGUUAUUAUUAAAAUAUGUGACUUUUAGAAAAGGCCAUUGCAUGCAUUUUGAAGUUUUGUCUUUUUUAUAUGAAUGUGAUAACUUACGUCACGCUGUGUUAUGCUGUGUCACGCUGCACUGUGGAGUGGUGUCUUUACUCUUGUAAUAUUGCAUUGAUGAAGAUACAAUAAAGAUUGUUUUAAGAUAUA